AUGAUGUGGGAACUGCGCUCCAUCGCCUUCACCAGGGCCGUCCUUGCGGAAUUCCUGGCCACUUUGGUCUUCGUCCUCUUCGGCCUCGGCUCUGCCCUGAACUGGCCCUCGGCGCCGGCCCCGAGCACCCUGCAGAUCGCGCUGGCCUUCGGCUUGGCCAUCGGGACGCUGGUGCAGGCCCUGGGCCACGUCAGCGGCGCCCACAUCAACCCCGCCGUGACCCUGGGCUGCCUGCUGGGCUCGCAGCUCUCCCUGCUCCGCGCCCUCUUCUACGUGGCGGCGCAGCUGCUGGGCGGCGUGGUGGGCGCUGCCAUCCUGCACGAGGUCACGCCGCCCGACGCCCGCGAGGGGCUGGCCCUCAACAAGCUGCACAAUGAGACCACGACGGGGCAGGCGGUGACGGUGGAGCUGUUCCUCACCUUCCAGCUGGUCCUGUGCAUCUUUGCUUCCACAGACGAGCGGCGUGAGGACAACCUGGGCUCCCCUGCCCUCUCCAUUGGCCUCUCUGUGGCUGUGGGGCACCUCCUCGGGAUCCGCUACACCGGCUGCUCCAUGAAUCCCGCCAGGUCCUUCGCCCCUGCAGUCGUCGUUGGAGACUUCAGCGACCACUGGGUGUUCUGGGUAGGUCCCCUGAUUGGGGCUGCAGCAGCUUCCAUCCUCUACAACUACGUCCUGUUCCCGCAGGCCAAAACCUUCUCGGAGCGCUUGGCCAUCCUCAAGGGCUGCGAGCCCGAGCAGGACUGGGCCGAGCGCGAGGCCCGGCGGCGCCAGUCCGUGGAGCUGCACUCUCCCCAGACCCUGCCCAGGGGGAUGUCUGAGAAGGUGUAG